AUGGUGAGACCAGGUCGUGACGGUGCCGAUGAGGAGGCAUCAAGCGCAAGAGCGCGACAGGACGGAGAGCGAGAACGCGUAUCUCGACGUCUGACCAUCGAACUGAACAGCCCUAUCCUUGGCGAACUAGAUACGGCGGGAAUAACCAACUCUCUGAAUUAUAACACCUUCCUGCAGCUAUGUGCAGAACAUCCUGACGAGCUUUUUGAUAGUCUCUUUGAGCACUUGAGUAAGCUCGAAGUGAAGGCUGGAAAGGCGGCAGAACGGGACAGUGAUGGAGACUUGGUCGAAGAGCAGCUAGAGGAGAUUACUGCGUUAAAGGAACGUGUAAAGCAACAACGAAACGCUAUGGCGGAAUUGAUUCGAGAACGCGAUGAGGUUCAGCAACAGUUGCAUAAGGUGGAACAGGGCCGCGAAGAGUCUACACCUGCACCAGCUUCGAGCGGGAAGAAGAGCUCCAAGCUCCCCGAUGGGAAGCGGCUCAUUGACGGGAAAGAUCCUAAAUUCGAGUCAUGGUUGAUCGAUAUUGAGAACAAGUUGGAAGCGAAUGCCGAUUACUAUCCAACUGCACUGUCACGUAUGCAGUACGUGAAGAGCAUGUGUGAAGGUGAAGCAGCGGAGCACCUACUUCCACGCUUCCGUAAGGACUCGCCGCAACGGUACCGCGACGUCGACGAUAUCAUCGAACACCUCAAGACUAUUUACCAUGAUGCGAACCGUGUCACCUCCGCGAAGCGUGCUUUCCGUCGCCUCUAUAUGAACGACACCAAGUUCCAGGUCUUCCUCUCAAAGUUCGUACUAAAUGCACAGGAAUCGGAGUUACUAGCCACUCAGUGGAAAGAUGAGUUAUAUAAGCGGCUAUCUCUAGAGAUGCAGAAGCAGCUAGUCAAAGAGAGUUACGACGACACCCUAAGUUACCAGAACUUCGUGCGCGAGUGCCACCAGACUGCGAACCGCCUAGAGAUGAUCGCUGAGAACGAAAAGCGCGUGCCGAAAGGUCGUGGAAGUCAAAGUAAUAACCGCGACGGAGCUGGCAAGGACAAUAAAAAGGAUAUAGCUGAGAAGCCGAAAGACGACAAGGCCAAGCCAAAGAUUCCAUGGUCUGAGAAAGUGAAGCUUCGUGCUGAAGGAAGAUGCUUCAUCUACAAGAUGCCAGGCCACAUGGCGAAUAACUGCGAAUUCUAUAACAAAGAGGGCACUCCUAAUCUUAAAACUCUGGAACCUGCAAAGAAGGCAACUGAGGUUGACACCUCCGAGUCGGAAAACGACAACGCCUAA